AUGUCUGAUCAACUUAGCAUUCAAGAAUCCAGAAAACGUGCAAGGGAGAAUGUGGAUAAAGAUAAGAAAGUUGUUAUGGCGGUUGUAGGUUUUUUCAUGACUAUUAUUGUGGCUUGGUUUGAUUUGAGGUAUGAAGUAAAGGAAAUAACAUGCAAUCAACAAGAACGUAUGAAUAGACGAACAAUUUGGAUGGACACGUUGAUGAAUGAUAGAAUAUGUAGGGAGCAAUUACGUCUAGACAAACGUUGUUUUGAAAAAUUGUGCAAUAUUUUACAAUCUAAGGGUGGUUUAGUGACUACAAGAUAUGUUACAGUGAAAGAAAUUGUUGCAAUGUUUCUUCAUGUUCUUGCACAUGAUUUGAAAAAUAGAACAAUACAAGCAACCUUUGCUCGUUCUGGAGAGACUAUUAGUCGACAAUUUAAUGUAGUCCUUAAAGCACUACUCAAGCUUGGAAAGUAUUACAUAAAACCAUGUAAUAACCAGAGCAAUUACACAAAGGAUACGAAGUGGAAUAGGUUUGAGGGGGACACUAGCACCAAUGUUUUAGCUGCAUGUGAUUCAAAUCUUUAUUUUACUUACGUUUUGCCUGGUUGGGAAGGUUCUGCUUCGGAUCCACGCGUUCUUCGUGAUGCUCUUCAAAGGCCUAAUGGUUUGAAGAUUCCUAGAAAUAAGUAUUUUCUUGUGGAUUUGGGAUUUGCUAAAGCUGAAGGUUUUCUAGCUCCUUAUAGAGGUACGAGGUACCAUUUGAAUUUGUGGAGAGGAACCACUCCAACAAAUUACAAAGAGCUUUUUAAUUUACAACAUUCUUCAGCUCGAAACACAAUUGAAAGGGCUUUUGGGUUAUUGAAAAAGCGAUGGAGUAUACUUAGAGAUCCAUGUUUUUAUGAUAAAAAGACUCAAAUUAGAAUUAUCAACGCUUGUUUUAUUCUUGAUAACUUUUUGAGGGAUGAAAUUAUGGAUGAAACAAGUCUUGUUAAUGAGGUAGAUGAAGAUUUACUAAAUAUAGAGACAAUUGAUGAAGAAGAUGUAGAAGAUGAUUACAUUAUUAGUACGCAAUCAACAUUCAUCAUGAAGAGAUCCGAAAAAGAGCCAAUGGUACCACAAAAACAACCAAAACGAUCUUAUCUUACUUGGAACCAACAAAUGGAUGCUAUACUUAUCUCCACUUUGUUUGAGCAUAUCCGUGAAGGAAAUAAGGGGAAUGGAGAAUUCAAACCACAAGCAUAUCAAGCUGUUGCUGAUAACCUAAGGAACCAAUUGGGUUUAUUGGCUAAUACCGAACAUGUAAAGAAUCGAAUCAAAGUUUGGAAGAAACAUCAUUCAGUUAUCACAGAUAUUCGCACUUACACCAAGUUUAAGUGGGAUGAUGAUAAGAAGAUGCUUAUUAUCCCAAUUGAAGACCACGAGGAAUGGAGUGCCUAUUGUAAGGUCAAUCCCGUGGCGUCUGCUUAUAGAAAUAAGAAUAUCGAUCAUUGGGAUGAAAUAUGCACACUAUUUGCCAUGGAUAGAGCUACGGGUCAAGAAGCUGAGCAAUAUGAAGAAUCUGUGGCAGCUAUGGAGAAAGAAAAUGAAACUUGCAGUGCAUCUGAGGCAAACUCUGCAUCAUCUAACAAGAGGUCAACGAAAGAUUCUAUCGUGGAUGCUAUAUCUAGAUUUACAGAGUCGUUUGAAAAUUAUCUACAAUCAAACAAACUUCCACCUAAGCCCGAUUCCAAAGAGGUUUAUGAUGUUGUUUCAAAGGUUGCCGGACUAGAUCGACAUGAAGUCUUGAAGGCAACAAAGCUGUUUCUGAAGGAUACAGAAGAUUUGGAUGUGUUUAGAGUGAGAUGUGAUUACAUAAGUAAUAAAGGCAAUUUGAUUUUCAAGAUGGUUGAUUCUUGGUUCUUGGAUCUUGGUCUACAAAAUGACAAUAAUAAUGUGAUCUUGAGUUAUGAUGGGACUCUAAAUCCUGGAUCCACCACUGGUUCUGAGUACUCUUUCCUCUUGAUUUUUCCCUUUCUUAGAUUGAAGCUUUUGGAUUGGGGAGAAGAUGGCAUGACUACUGCUAAAGAUUCUGCUUCAUUGCGACAACGAGAAUGUAAUAUUUAA